GCCAUAAUAAUGUAAUAAUGACCCCUUCAACCUCAGCAGCUGCCGCCCUUCGUCAGAAAACAUAACUGCUCCGCCCAGAGAGACCACAUCAUCCUCCACCAAUCCUCCGGCCACCUCGCCCAUUCUUCGCCGCCAUGGCUAAUCCAACACCUCAACUGUUCCAGACCCAACGAAGCGGCGGCGGCGGCGGCUCCGAGGAAGGAGACCACAACAGCAGCUCCACAUCCACCCUUCCUAUGAGGGAAGGGUGGUGGGCGGCGGCACCGCUCUUCCGUCUGCACGGCUGCUGGCUCACGGCGCGACUCGCUAGGAGCGUCGAACUCGUGCAAGCCGAGUUCAAGCCGCGCCCCGACGACGUCCUCCUCGCGACGUUCCCCAAGUCCGGCACCACCUGGCUCAAGGCUCUCGCCUUCGCGCUCAUCAACCGCUCCCGCCAUCCGGUCAUCGUCACCGGCGACGUCGACGACGACCACCACCACCCGCUGCUCAGCAGCAACCCGCACGACCUCGUGCCGUUCCUCGAGCUGCCUGACCGGACCCUCCGCCCCGUGGCGGAGCUCGAGGCGCUGCCGUCUCCAAGGCUCCUGUGCACGCAUCUCCCACCCGCGCUGCUGCCGCCGGGCAUGUUGAUGACGAGCUCCCGCGCCGUCUACCUGUGCCGAUAUCCCAAGGACGUGUUCGUGUCCUAUUGGCACCACGUCGUCCAGACCCUGCGCCAUGACUCCGGCCUCGUGGAUUUCGACAAGGCCUUCGAGCUCUUCUGCGAGGGGGUCUCGGUCUGCGGGCCUGUCUGGGAGCACUACCUGGAGUACUGGAAGCUGAGCAUGGGAAACCCUAGCAGUAGCAGGGUUCUCUUCCUCAAGUACGAGGAGAUGAUGGCGCAGCCUGCCAAGCAUGUCAGGAAGCUCGCCGAGUUCCUGGGCGUUCCGUUCACCGAGGAAGAGGAGAGCGGCGGAGUCGUGGAGGAAGUGGUGAGGCUGUGCAGCUUCCAGAACCUGAAGGAUCUAGCUGUGAACACGCAUGGGGUGUCUGCUCAGAUCGGUGCCGCCAUGGCUAAUCCCGUCAAGAACUCGUUGUGGUUUCGGAGUGGCAAGGUAGGAGACUGGAAGAACCACCUGACGCAGGAGAUGGCACGCAGAUUGGAUUGCAUCGUUGAGGAGAAACUCAAGGGGUCCGGCCUCACCUUUUGACAAGAAAAUUUCCUGCGUUCCAAAGGAGACCUAAACUUUGUUAAAAAAAAAUGUCAUUGUCAAAAGUUGUCAAUUUUAUGUAUCAACAUAUGUCACUACAUCCUCUUUGGGUCUUGCAGGAGUGCCGAGUGUGCCCAGCUUCUUCGUGUGCUAGGCACCGGUAGAUGUGAAGAAAAAUGCAAAUGGCAUGUAUUGGUGGUGGUUUGUCUUUUUUUUCCCCCUCUGCAUAUGUUGUGCGCCAAGCAUCAUUCUUUUUUUAAAAGCCAUCGACAGGAGCAUGUUGAGAGCAUGUAUUGAUAGAGAAGGAGUACAAUCAACACAAAAAGAAAAGAAAACCAAACAACAAAAGCAACCUUAAUUAAGACA